CCAGGCCACAGAUUAGAAACGAGAACGCUUGUAAAUACAGCUGGCUUACGCAAAUGUCACUGUAUAUAACAAAAAAAGAGUUAAAAUAACCCUCUAAACAACCCCAACAUUACCACAAACAACAACAAACCCCAACGCGUGUCAUGUAAAAUCCUUUACCAUGCAUCCCUUACAGCAUCCCCGGAGAGAAGAAAGUGUUUACAUCUUAAUUGAAAUACUCAUCAGUUUAAUUUAAUUUAGUUCAAUUAAAAUGUGAGUGGUGUAAUGGUGUGAUGGUGAUUAGUUAAUUGAAGAAGAAAAUUGUGGUGAUAAAUAUGGAAACGGAAAGUUGUGCUAAAUUUUCAAAUCAUGAUUGCUAUAAUAGAUUAGUGGAUUAUUUUGUGAUAUGCGGGCUUGAUAUUGAAGCUGGACUCGAACCUGACAGAUAUUUUGGUGAUAAGUUGCAUUGUUCUCCUUUGGAAAGAUCUUAUAAAAGUGCAGUCCUUGCACAUUAUCCUGAAAGUGUAUCAUGGAAUCCUUUCGAUCCUCAUGCAGUCUGCAUGCUUUCUCUUCCUCUGGGUCUCCAAUUCAAAACCCAGAAAAACUGUUUGGAACCAAGGUUCCAUGGGUUCCUGAUGACCAAGGAAGAUGGAAAGAGGUGCUAUGGAUUUUCUUUGGUUUUCUACGAAGAAGUACGAUAUAGGAACAUUUGUAAUGCCAUGCACACCCUACAGGCGAUGCAUCUAACCGAAUUAUCCAGUGGCCAAGGUAUAGUGCGCCCUAAAGGGCCCCACUCAAGAUCACUGCCCCGUCAUUUGAAAUUGAUGUCACCACACUCCGGCUCUGCCUUGACUUACUAUGAUGUUGCCAAAGAUAAAUUAUUCGUUUCCAAAAGCAUUGUGAUACUUACCCAAGAAUGCUACUCUUAUGUAGCUGAAAUAUUCCUCACCAACUUGUACAAAUCUUUACCACGUCAACCUGGUCCAGGUCUGUCUCCAGAGGCGUACAUAUAUAAUUUACUCUAUGAUGCAGCACCACCACAUCCUGGAAAAUCCGUAAGACUUUUUCUACCGCCUCCAAAUCCAUCAGGAGCACCUUUGGCUGCUGUUAUGCAGAAACCUGGUUUAAACGAGUUACCACCUUUGCAUUAUCCUUUAAGGACUUUGUUUAAGUUGCUGGGGGUUGAAAAUGUUGUUCAGCUGUUCACGUGUUUGUUGCUCGAGAACCAAGUUCUCUUAAGAUCCAGUGAUUGUCAACGUCUGAUGGUAGUCGCAGAAUGCAUCACAGGUUUACUAUUUCCAUUCGCCUGGCCUCAUGUUUACGUACCUGUUUUACCUGCCUCGUUACAUCACUUUCUGGACGCACCUGUACCAUUUGUAAUGGGUUUGCAUGCAGAAGCUGAUUCUAUACUGAAAAUUGGUUCAGAAGCUGCCUUGUGUUUCGUAGAUAUAGACAAACCUUUACUCCAACUUCCUGAAGAAAUUCCAGUGUUUCCACACAGAAACGCGUUUAUCCAGGAACUCCAAGCUGUCUUGGAUAAACACCAGGUUGUUUGCCAUCAGGAUGAGGUUGUCACUAAUCAGCAAACUGUUGUUCAGAACCAGUUUGCUGGUGGUAAUGCUAAAGUUGAUGUUAUGACUGCCAGUUGUACUUUACCGUCAGGUAUGCAUCUAAGGCGUAAACAUUCUCUGCACGAUGUCUUGGAUUGGGACAGACCCAAUUCACCAGAUGUCGAGAACCAGAAACCUCCAAAACAUGAUGGGAAAUUUGGACCGAGGUCUGAAGCUUUGCAGAGGGUUAGACGAACAGGUGAUGUAGAUUGUGCAGUUCUUCCGUCAUCACCCAAAGGACCUCUACCACCGAUGGAACAAUAUUGUGAAGACAUGAGAUUAAACAAUGCUAUACGUGAAAUAUUUUUGAACAGAUUUGUACAAAUGUUUGCAGCUUACGAGCACUUUGUGAUAUAUCCUCAAAAUACUGAGGAACAAGGAUCUCCAAACUCAUCCCUGCACAGUUUCGACAAAGCGUCAUUCUUAUCCGACCAGCCUUUACUACACAGACAAUUCUUAUCGAGGUUUUUGGAAAGUCAAAUGUUUGCUUCGCUUAUCGAUCACAAAGCCCAACCUUCAUCAGAUCACCCACAUCCUAGUCUGGGAGUCUUCGAACACAGACUGAACCUCUUAAAGAAACGUUACGGUGGAGACAGUUUGUCCAGGAGUCCCAAUUACGAGCCUUGUACUUGUUCAAGGGAGUCCCAAAGGGCUCUCGAUAGAAGGUUGGCAAGUGCUGAUUUUGAGGCACCACCUCCGAGGGAAUUGCUACCAAAUAGACCAGCUUAUUUCAGGUCUUUUCCUUUGCUGGACAAAAGUGUACUCAACCAGGACAGGACGAAAAGGAUGCUCUUAGAGAAAUUAGGACCAGAAGCAGGAACUUUGGGUCUAAGCAAUGGAGGUCUCGGAGGCGUCGAAGAAAGCACCCUUGUUUCAUCCCUUUGUGACCUUCUGGAAAGGAUUUGGUCACACGGAUUGCAGGAUAAAAAGGGCAAAUCUGCCCUCUGGGUGCACCUUACAAGUUAUCAAGAAUUGCAAAAGGGUGAUGAUCUCAAAUCUACUGACCCGAAUUUUUUAACACCUGGAUUGUCUUGGUGUGUUUUGAAAAAGCGAUUGGAUUAUUUAUCCACGAUGACCAUCGAAGACGCCUCGACGAGUACAAAAGACAGUCCCAGGGACGAAACCAAAAAUUUAACAGAAAAACAACUAAAACCUUUACCAGAAUCUCUAAUAUUCGAUAUAAGGAAUAUCCAAGCAAUGACAGACAUAAAGACCCACAUAGGUUACGCAAGAGCAUGGGUCAGAUUAUCCUUAGAAAAAAAGUUGUUGUCGAGACAUUUAAGGACUCUGUUAUCCCAAGGAUUGCUCCUAAAAACUCUGUACAGACGUUGUGCUUUUUUGAGAUGCGAAGACGAACGGGAACAAUUUUUGUACCACUUGCUAACACUGAACGCCGUGGAUUAUUUUUGUUUUACCAAUACGUACCCCACAACGACUUUACCCUAUCGUGUGAUAAUUUUUCCUUCGAGGAAGUCUAGUGCAGCGAGCAGCACCACUGCCAAUUGUUACAUCGUGAUCUCGGGGACAAUUUCUGAAACCCAACACAUCCCCAUACCUAAAGGCUCUCUAGAAUUCGUAUUUAAUCAUAAAAAUCUGGGAAUUUUGACGACUUUGAGGAUAGGUCAUGAUAGCACAGGUUUAUCGGCCAAUUGGAAAGUUGAGAAUGUUCUUGUACGAAACGAAGUUACUGGACAUUCUUAUAAGUUUCCCUGUGGUCGCUGGCUAGGACGAGGCAUAGACGACGGUUCCACCGAACGUCUCCUGGUAGGAACCCUGGUGCCUUCGACGGUGCCAUCUAAGGACCUCGUGGUCGCCUGCAGCACGCCUCCGAGGUCAAGGUCACCUUGUGCAGCAGGAGGAAGCACCGUCUUGAAACCGUCCGACAUUCAAACCAUGAUAAGUGAUUGCGUGAACGUUUUAGUAAAAUGGCACUACAAACCCAGUCGGCACAGAGAUGUUAGUACUUUAACAACACUUUUGUGCGGAGAAAACGGUCUGGUCAAAUCUUUGCAGCAGGCGUUCCUGUUCGGUUUUCGUUCGUCCAGGCUUUUUGGACGCAACUUGUAUUUAUGGGAUUAUUUUGUUCGUGUUAAAGAAGAAUUCGAAGCGAAUCUAGUCGAAGAUUCUUUGGCGGCAGUUCGUGGUUCGGCGACUCCUCAGAACCAACAAGAAGUGGCGGCCGUUUGGAGGUGCUACUGCCAUUUGGUGGACGAGAUACAGAACGCAUCACAUUGCCAUUCUUUGGGCAAAGAUGGGAAGUUCCAGCUUUUUAUUUGUCUCAGUCUGAGGGAGCAUUUACUCCACAGAAUGUUGCAACCGAUGGCUGCAACCAAAUUAACAGCAGAAAUGUACGAAGAGCAGUCUUUCCUACGUCGAAGAGGCCUUCUAACAUUUUUUAGACAAAUUUUGGAGCCUUUAGACGAGUUUCAUAUUGUUUUGGAAAACUCUAUAACCCAAGGUAUACCUUCACAUUGUUAA